AUGAAUAAACCUGGCUACAGAGGUAUUCUACUCACGGGAACCGAUGGUUCCCAAUCACCAUUGAACGUCAACGAUAAUGAGCCUGCUGGAGGAGUUCAGUUCGACUCUGAACAGUUGGAAAGGGGCCGGUCCCGUACUAAGAUCAGAAACAACGGUAGUUCGCAACUAUCAGCAAGUAGUUCAAGAUCCAGGAGUCGCGCGUCAAGUCGUAUUCGAGAUGAGGAAUUCUUGAAAUGGACUGUGCUGAGACGAGAUCCUUCGAUGAGACUCCAGUUGAACCAGAAAGACGACAAGAAGAGCAGAGAUGAACAAAGUGAUGACGAGGACAGUGAAGAACUUGAUUUGGAGGAUGAUGUGUCAGAUGAGGAGCAAGUGACAGAUGUCGAUAACGAUUUCGAUAUUGAUGAAGAGUUCCAUUACGACCUUGGGAUGAAAGUUUUGCCCAAUUUCGUACAAAGUCUAAACGACGUACUGGACUCUAGCAAGCAAUGGAUUCGUGAAUUUCGUGCUAACACUCAAGAACCAGAAAUUCCACUCGCAACAUUGGCUGGUGGCUACAAGCGUGCCAUGUUGCCCCUCUCCAAGGGCAAAGGUUCCACGACCGACAGAUCUUACAUCCUAUGCUCGGAUCUGACCAGUGAAUCCCAAUACGCCCUCACCUACGUCAUGGGGGCUCUAGUCUCGAACGGUGAUACGCUCUACGUGGUUCAUUGGGACAAUCAAUCGUCCAGCGACGCAGAUGCCAAGCUACAAAAAAACAUCCUCACGAUUCGCGAGAACGUCGAACACAUGUUCGAUAGCAUCGGUGCAGUGAUCGAAGAUUUCGAUGUCGUUGUGUUGUCACUACAGCACCCUUUUCCAAAACAAUUACUCACAGAAAUGAUUCACGGCCUUCAGCCGGUUGCCCUGUGCUGUUCGCUAUCGAUGAUCCUUUCUACACUACAAAACUACGUCUGCUCCGUCCCAACCUUGGUCAUACGGAAGAAACUCAAGAGAGCCAAGAAGAAAGGAAUCAGUGAAUGA